GUUAUUUAGGUGAUUAAGCCACAUGUUCCAGCAAUUCGAUUCCCAGACAGGAAGAAUAGUCCAAAACCUAAUGCAUGUCUUGGGAGAUAAACAUAAGGAAAUGUUGCAAGAAGCUUUGAAGUCUAUGAUUUAUCCAUUCACUACUCCCUCAGUCACAGCACAACAAGCUAUAAGUGAAAAUCCUCCCGGAAUUUCUAAUCCUGCAUCUGUCCGCCGAGUGGUGACAUCCCCAGACACUAAUGACUUAUUCAAAUCACUUCCUCAGAAGUACAGGAGAAAACCUGUCUCCAGUGAAGAGAUGGAGUAUAUACAAGUGAGGCAUUAA